ACAACCCAAAGUCGUAGUGAUAUUCCUCCCGCGUUAUUAUUCAUCGUGCCUCAAUCUCUCUCUCUAUUUUCUGUAUCCCUCAAAGUUUGGGACUUUGAUCUGCCAUUGACCCUCUUCAAUUCGCGGUACCCAUCUUUUCUUUAAUCUUCACUCUCUUCCAAUCAUCGUUCAUUCCUCUCAAUUUAAUCGCAAUUAACCUCAAUCCCAAUUCCCCCAACUAGGGUUUUUCUCCGCAUGAUUUCUUCUUCGAUUACCUCGAAUCGCCCCAGCAAUCUUGAAUUCCAGUUUUUGAGAAACUGUUCCUGUAUGGUUCCCUUCAUUUACCGACUUUGAUUUUGUCUUUUCUUGGUUUUGGGUAUUUAGUGGAAAAUUUCAGCUCAAUUUCGUUUUUUUGCUUUCCCACCAUAUUUUCUCUUCUGGGUUCUGCCUGUGUUAUUUUACUUAGCAAUAUGGUGAUCUGCAUUUGGUUUUACACGUUUUCGUGGAAUUGGGCAUUUGAAAUUAGCGGAAUUAGUAAUGUGCGGCAGUGUCAUCCUUGGUAGGGGAAAAAAGCGGAGAAGAUUAGAUUCUACAAUUAAUCUUAUGUUAAGCAGAUUAUAGAAGAUUGAGAAACUGAGAAGCAUGGCUUUUGUUACAUAACUGAAACUACUGCAUUUCUCUCGUCAUGCUUCAAUUAGUAGCUUUCUUAAGUAAUUUGUAUGAUGAUCUUCUUUAUACAAUAUUAUCAUAUGAUCCGGAAUUUGUAAACUCAAUUUGAUAUUGGGACAAAAUAAACAGAUACUUGUGUUCUAAGCUUUAUUAAGGUUACAGCUUAAUGUUGGGUUCUGGGAGUAACUUGAACGGCAGCACCAGCAGUGGGAUUACCUCAUCAGAUAUGCCACCUUUGCCACAGUAUUUGCCACUGGAUCCAAUUACGUUAGGUAGUAAAAAAUAUACUCGUUCAGGAGAGCUGAGGAGGGUUCUAGGUGUUUCUGUGGGGAACACAUCAGAAGACCAUUCUUUUGGAACUCUACAUCACAAGCCUAUGGCUCCAGUAGCCCCAGGGGAGCUUAAGAAUUUCAAAGAAAGUGUACAAGAUGCCUCCAGAAAGGCAAGGGAUCGAUCAAAAAUGUUAGGGGAAUCUUUAUCCAAAUUGGACAGGUAUAGAGAGGCAAUAGCAUUAAAUACAAAGAAGCGACAGAGGACAGAUUUAUCAAGUGAAAGGGGAGGUGGAGUAAACCUAACAAAGAUGGGUAGCCAGACUCACAAAACCCCUAAUGAUAAUCUAACUCCGAGAUCAGAAGUCAAGACCUCAAAUUCAAUGCUGAACAAGCGACUCCGUACAGCAGUGGCAGAUGUGCGGGAGGAAAGCAGAUCUGCUGCCAUUGGAAGGCAGCAGAUGGUCACAGAGAAGGAUGGAAAUUCGAUUCAGACACUUGGCGGGGGUUCUGUUCGAAAUGAAGAGAAAACUCGCAGAUUACUUGCUGGAGGUGAAGGGUUGGAUCAAAAAAUUAAGAAGAAGAGAUCUGUUGGAGCUGUAGGAAACAGAGUCAUGACUGGUGAAAGAGAUGUGAAACGAUCUGCUCUUCCAAAGGCAAAUGCCGAUUCGAAGAUGCGUUUUUAUGAUACACAGGGUUUCAGAUUGAAGCCACUUCCUGGAUCUAGUGGAAUCAACAAGUCUGGAGGCUCUUCUGAGCCUUCUACUAUUGGGGUGCGUAAUAUGCUUGCAAGUGAGCCAGAAGGUGGAUCUCUUCACAGGGACCAUAUAGCCGAGCAGAAAGUAGUGGCAAAGGGAAGCAACAGAUCCAACAAUCAGGAGGAUUUCCCAGCAAGCAUCUCUAACACACUAAUUAAAAAUAAGGUUUCCCGGGCACCACGAACAGGUUCAGUUAGUGCGCUAGAUUUGUCUAAUGUUCAAUCUUCGUCUGAAAACUUUCCAGGCUCUUCUAUACAUCCAAUGACCCAGUGGGUUGGUCAGAGGCCACCCAAAAAUUCACGCUCAAGAAGAGUAAAAGUAGUUUCUCCUGCCUCACGCAGUCUUGAAGUCCAGGUCUCAUCUGAAGGCUGUCAAACUUCUGAUUUGAAAGGUUCUUCAGUCGUAAACAAUGGACUCCAACUGGCAAGCAGUGUAGAAACUAGUACCCCAAAAUAUAAAAGGCCACCUGAUGAUAUUUCAUCUCCAUUUGGCUUUUCUGAAAGUGAAGAAUCUGGAGCUGGUGAACACAAAAUAAAAGAGAAAGGAAUGAAUGGCAAUGACUUUGAUGUGGCAGCUGAAAAGGGUAUGAUGUCUAUGGCACAAAUGAAGAAGAACAAAAUACCAACUGAUGAUUCGGGAGAUUGUGUGCAGAGACAAGGAAGAACUGGAAGGAAUUUAUCAUUAAUUAGGUCUGGUGUUCCCUCAGGGAGGGAGAAGUCAGAGAAUCCCCCAACGAAGCCAGUACAGGAGAUGAGGUCAAAUGAUAAGAGUAAAACCAAAUAUGGACGUCCUCCUUCAAAAAAGCAAAAUGACUAUACAGGUGAAUCUGAUGAUGAUCAUGAAGAAUUAUAUAAAGCUGCAAAUGCUGCUCGUAAUGCUAGCAAUAUUGUGUGUUCGGGCUCAUUCUGGAAUAAAAUGGAGCCUAUUUUUGCUUCAAUCAGCUUGGACGAUGCGUCAUACUUGAAGCAACAGCUCAACAUUGCUGAAGAAGUUGGUAAAAGUUUAUCUCACUUAUUUGGCAUUGACAAUGAUUUGAGUGGUGUUGUAAAUAACAAAACUACUCAAGGUUCGGAGGGAGGGAAGAGAAGCCGUUAUGAAGAUGAUUCAUCUAAGUUAGAUGCUUUAGGCGAAAAGAACGACUCCGAAAGACUUGACAAGGUUGCUCCGUUAUUCCAAAGACUUCUUUGUGCUCUAAUUGAAGAAGAUGAUAAUGAAGAAUCAUAUCACCUAAGUGACGCAAAGAAUAUAUCUCGACAAUGUGCUAGUGAUGAUUCUCAUUGUGAUUCUUGUAAUCAAAUUGAUUUUGAACCCAAAGAUCGGGAUAGAAUGGACUCAGAAGUUGAAUCAAAGGUGGAUCUUCAUAUUCAAAAGAGUUGUAUGUUGGAUAGACUAUCUUGUGAUAAAAGUACUGCAUCCAACACCUUUAGGUAUCCAAACACAUCCAGUUCAUUACAAAGCACUGGAGUUUGGCAGGGAGACGAAGAAUUUUCUGUUUCUGAUAUCACACACACCAGCGAAAUAUGUUCAAAUGAUCUUGAUCAACUGCAUCCUGGUGAAUUAAGUAUUCCUGGUUUUCCAUCUCCGGAUGACCCAUAUCAGUUGAUGUCUUUGGAUGACAGGUUGCUGCUUGAGUUGCAGAGCAUUGGCUUAUAUCCAGAAAUAUUGCCUGAUUUAGCUGAGGAAGAUGAAGCUAUAAAUCAAGAUAUUGAGAAACUUGAGAAAGCAUUAUAUGAACAGAAUGGUAGCAAGAAGAAAAACUUGGACAGAAUUGAUAGAGCUAUUCAAAAAGGGAGGGACAUGGAAAAGCGGAAGGUUGAACAAGUUGCAUUUGACCAACUUAUUGAAAUUGCUUACAGAAGGAGAUUGGCCUGCCGGGGAAGCAAAAAUUCAAAAGGUGCAGUUCACAAGGUGUCGAAACAAGUUGCGUUGGCUUUUCUGAAGCGUACUCUUGGAAGAUGUAAAAGAUACGAAGAAGCUGGCAUUAGCUGCUUUAGUGAACCUGCACUGCAAAAUAUCAUGUUUUCUCCCCCUUCACGUGAGAAGAAUGAUGGAAAACCUUUGGAUUGCAUUGUCUCUGGGACAGCCAGUAAUACAUGUAACAAAGCUUUGAAUCAAGGGGAAGCUAGAAAAUCAGGUGCAGUUUCUAUUGCUUCUGAGAAAUACGAUUUCCAAAGAGAUUAUGCUGAUAGAGGACUUCCUGAUUCUUUUCAAGGUUCUAUUCACUCAUCAGAACAAGCAUCAUCCAAAAAUGGUUCUGUGUUCAUAAAGGAGAAAAAGAGGGAAAUGAUCAAGCCAAACAAAAUUCGGCUUCCAGAUCUGGACGCCUGUCACUGGACAGCUGCCAAAAUGAGAACAAAACAAAGGCUAAGCCGAAGCAAAAGAUUACUGCUGGUGAGCAAAACAAAGAUGGACCACCAUUAUCUGGUAACCAGGAAACAAAUAAAGUAAAUCAACCUAGCGAAUUUGAGAAUUUUCCUCUGCCUGAUUUAAGUACAAUAGAAGAAUUUGGUGCAUCUGUUGAACUUGGCGGUCCUCAAGAUCUUAGUUCCUGGUUGAAUUUUGAUGAGGAUGGUUUGCAAGACCACGAUUGCAUGGGACUUGACAUACCAAUGGAUGACCUAACGGAUUUAAAUAUGCUCAUGUGAUGUGAUGAUUUGUGAAGAAAUUUUUAUGCAUGUAUUCGGUGAUCCUUCAAGAUUUUGAUUAUAAUUGGGUUGCAUGGGAGGUAGAAAUUUUUGGCUGCGGGACAACAAUUUUGAACCAACUACUUAGGAUAAGACAUGAGGAGGUGAAAAUAGGAAAGCCUGAUCUUUUUGCCGAGGAUUGUAUAAAGAAAAGUACUUUAGAGAAUAUCUGCUGCUGCAAGAUCUCUUUCUUCCUUCUCCCCGUUAUACAAGAUGCGUUUGUUUCUUAUAACAUGAUGUUCAUUAUCCAAAGAAAGUUUAGGUGUGCUGACUACAGUUCCAGAAUCAAGAUAACCUCUCGCAGAUUAUUCGGUUGAGGAAUCUUGGAGGUGACUGAUUGUGCUUAGCAAUAGAUCAUGUAUAUUUUAGUAUAGUGUAGUAUAAUAUAGAGCAGAUGUUGAGUUUCUGUAAAUCUAUUUGGUUCUUGAUGACUUGAAAAUGCUCUGAAUUCUGAUGAUGAGGGAUGAGAUCGAAGCCCUCUUAUUCAUUUAAACAAGGGAGCCGAAGGAUGGUUUUCUUUGCUAAUAUUGUUGUGUCUUUAUGUACUACUACUACUACUCCCAUUCCCAUGUAAAAUAUAAUGCUUGUUUUUUAGGGCGCUAUGAACCUGAUAUUGUCAAUUCUUUUCUCCUGAAUUAUUGGAGAAUGAUAUUUUGAAUUUUUGAUUAA